UUGGUUCGCACGAGCGGAUUCGUGCUAAAGAGCGUUUUGCCGACAGGGAGAAUCAUUGGAGACUUCUGUAUUUUCGCAAUAAUGGACAAGACUUCACCAUAGAGAUCUCUGUUGCGCAUCCUGUCGUCUGCGUUGGAGCACAAGGUUUUCCUUUUAAUAUGCAGACUGAAAAUUACAGCUUGCACCUUUAGAAAAGAUUUCUUAAGGAUUGCACUCAUUAAGGAUUUAAUUGUCACUGUUGCGAAUGCUUCUGGGCUGUAGAUCUGCGGUGCUCUAAGACAAAACUUCUUUUACCUUUCUUGCAUUACUUUUAAGUGUGCGCGCAAAAGGAGAAAACGAGCGGAGCGCACAUUUGGGAAGCAGUUUUGCAAGACUUGCCCUUGUUUUAUUCUUUUUUUGGUCAUCGAAAUAAAAUGUUCAAACCUUAAGACAUGAUGUCCAAGCGUCCGUGAGAUGCUCAUAAUCCUGCCUGUGCUUUAACUGUCACCUGAAAACUCAUCUUGCCAGCUUCAAUUGAUCUUAUUCACUACCAUCAUUUGGACUGCUUUUUCCCAACAGAAAUGAUCAUGCGAUGAGUGAGCUCGAUCUGGGCAUAUUGUCAGAAUCAAUUACAGGGGGUUAAUGAUGGCUGAAGAUGGAGGAAACAUCUCCGAGGACCAUCAGGUGAGGGAAGCAGAGGGCAGAUCCUCUCUUCAGAGGACUUUUAUACGACUUAACGACCUGUCCGGUGGCGGGGAGCGCGGCGAGCUAGAGUCUGAUGGAGGCGAGAGGCGGGAGAGCGCAGCCGGAGCAGCGGCGGAAGACGCGUCCGCUUGCGGCGGGGAAGCCUUGCCCUAUCCGUCUAUGGCGCCGGUUGUGUUUUUCUAUCUGAAGCAAACUACGCGCCCGAGGAGUUGGUGUCUGAAAAUGGUUUCCAAUCCAUGGUUCGAGAGGGCCAGCAUGUUGGUUAUUCUGCUGAACUGCGUUACUUUGGGAAUGUUCCACCCUUGUGAGGACAGCCGCUGUGACUCAGAGCGAUGCAAGAUCCUGGAGGACUUUGAUGACUUCAUCUUUGCUUUCUUUGCUGUGGAGAUGGUCAUCAAGAUGGUAGCGCUGGGCAUCUUUGGGAAAAAGUGUUACCUUGGAGAUACCUGGAAUCGGCUGGACUUCUUCAUUGUUUUGGCUGGAAUGCUGGAAUAUUCGCUCAACCUCCAGAACGUUAGUUUCUCCGCCGUCCGCACGGUCAGAGUACUGCGUCCUCUUCGGGCCAUCAACCGGGUGCCCAGUAUGAGAAUCCUGGUGACGCUGCUGCUGGAUACUCUCCCCAUGCUGGGCAACGUGCUGCUGCUUUGCUUCUUUGUGUUCUUCAUCUUUGGGAUUGUGGGGGUCCAGUUAUGGGCCGGACUCCUGCGUAACCGCUGCUUCCUUCCUGAGAACUUCUCACUGCCUGCCAGUCUAGACCUGCACAACUACUACCACACAGAAAACGAUGAUGAAAACCCGUUCAUCUGUUCUCAACCGCGGGAGAAUGGCAUGCGACUGUGCAGCUCGGUCCCAACACUCCACGAGGAGGGCCUGCAGUGCCAGCUGGACAUGGCAUCUUACAAUAACACAGACAACACCACCUGUGUCAACUGGAACCAGUAUUACACCAACUGCUCCGCCGGACAGGCCAAUCCUUUCAAGGGGGCCAUAAACUUUGACAACAUUGGUUAUGCCUGGAUCGCCAUCUUUCAGGUCAUUACGCUGGAAGGAUGGGUGGACAUCAUGUACUUUGUUAUGGAUGCUCACUCCUUCUACAACUUCAUCUACUUUAUCCUCUUGAUCAUAGUGGGGUCGUUCUUCAUGAUCAACCUUUGUCUAGUUGUCAUAGCGACACAGUUCUCUGAGACCAAGCAACGGGAGAGUCAGCUCAUGAAGGAGCAAAGAGUGCGUUUCAGGUCCAACGCCAGCACGCUGAACAGUUUCUCCGAGCCGGGAAGCUGCUACGACGAGCUACUCAAGUACCUGGUCCACAUCAUCCGCAAGGGAACCAGGCAGAUCGGGCACCUCAUUCGGGCCGCAGGUCGCCGGGCGGGCCUGAGGGUCUGUGCUUCUCCGCCGGCGGAACCUCCACCUGUUAAAAGACGUCGGCAGAAGCAGAGACAAGGAUCUAUCCGGCAUCACGUGCACCAUCAUCACCUCCAUCACCACUACCAUCUGGGCAACGGGAGCGUCCGUGCCGAUGUGGGCCGAGAGGUGGAUGCGGGCUCCCAGAGUGCCGGGCAUCUAAUUCUACCUGUCAUCAUCCCCCAGCAAGACCCACAUUCUCUGUCCCUGAUGUCUCUAGGUCCUGGCACUGCCGAAUCCAUGCACAGCUUCUUUCACAUGGCGGGUCCCCUUGAGCCUUUGCGAUGCGGCCCCUCGCCUUCUCUCACGGUUCUCCAGGCCUACAAGAGGAAUUCGGUCCCUUUCGCUGCUCCAGUACACAAGAACUAUCCCACGUUACAGUCGUCUUUAGCGUUUGAGCAGCUCAGACAGAGAAUCCUGGACCCGGGAGGAGGCAGUUGUACGGCUAGUGUUCUUACCAACCUUAACAUCCCUCCAAAUCCAAUAAACACCCCACAGUGUCUGGUGGAGACACAAGGUCCUUCCGGCAAGAUCGCCUGCAAGGAUGCCCCCAUGAACUGCAGUGGCACAAACCUGGACACCGCUUUGACCUUUGACCCUGAAACGUGUCCCUAUUGCAUGAAAUCGUUGGGCAACGACUCUGAAGGUUUGGACGGAAACGAGACUGCAGACUCUGACAGCGAGGGCAUAUAUGAGUUCACCCAGGAUGCCCAUUAUAGGGACAGCAGGGAUCCCAACAGGAAGAAGUUUGGAUUAGGAGCUCGGGCAACGAAGGUGGUUCAUUUCUGGAGGCUGGUGUGUGACACUUUUCGUAAGAUCGUAGACAGCAAGUACUUCGGACGAGGAAUAAUGAUCGCCAUUCUUAUUAACACGUUGAGCAUGGGCAUCGAGUACCAUGAACAGCCUGAUGAGUUGACGAAUGCUCUGGAGAUCAGUAAUAUCGUCUUUACCAGCCUUUUUGCUCUGGAAAUGCUUCUGAAACUUCUGGUCUACGGUCCAUUCGGCUACAUCAAGAACCCCUACAAUAUCUUUGAUGGCAUUAUCGUUGUAAUCAGCGUGUGGGAGAUUGUUGGCCAGCAGGGAGGCGGUUUAUCCGUGUUAAGGACCUUCAGGCUCAUGCGGGUGUUGAAGCUGGUCCGCUUCAUGCCCGCCCUUCAGAGACAGCUGGUGGUUCUGAUGAAGACCAUGGACAACGUUGCUACCUUCUGCAUGUUGCUCAUGCUUUUCAUAUUCAUUUUCAGUAUUCUUGGCAUGCACCUGUUUGGAUGUAAAUUCGGCUCCGAAAGAGAUGGUGACACGCUUCCUGACCGCAAGAACUUUGACACUUUGUUGUGGGCCAUUGUUACGGUUUUCCAGAUCUUGACUCAGGAGGACUGGAAUAAGGUGCUGUACAAUGGAAUGGCCUCCACCUCACCCGUGGCUGCUCUGUACUUCAUCGCCCUCAUGACCUUUGGAAACUAUGUUCUGUUCAACCUGUUGGUGGCUAUCUUAGUGGAGGGAUUUCAGACGGAGGAAAUAACCAAGAGGGAGGAUUUGCAUGGCCAGCUGAGCUGUAUUCAGCUGCCAAUAGACUCGGGGGGUGAUGCCUCAAAAUCUGACUCGGAAGUCGAUAUCUCUGCACGUAGUUUGGAGGAUGUUUCUGGAGAUAAGAAGGAUCUGACUGCCUGUUCUGUUGUGCCCAUCAACGGGCAUGUCGACUUCAAAACCAGCCUCACCCCUCCUCUCAUCACCCACACUGCUGCCACGCCCAUGCCUAUCCCCAAGAUAUCUGGAGGAGGAGACCCAGUGCUAGGAUACGAGUCCCGCAGAGGUAGCAAUGUCUCCAUGGAUCCCAGUGGCCAAGAUAAGUCUCCGUCAAGUGCACGGAGCUCCCCUAAUGCCCCCUGGAGUUCAGCCAGUAGUUGGAACAGCAGGCGCUCCAGCUGGAACAGCCUCGGCCGAGCCCCCAGCCUCAAGAGACAAAAACGACAGUCUGGUGAGCGCCGCUCCUUGCUUUCCGGCAAUGGCCAGUCCAGCUCGGAUGAGGGCGACACGGGUGAGAGCGGAGGUGGAGGGGGAAUGUCUGAGGGCGACGAUGCCUCCCUCGCCAGGACGGACUCCAUGAGCCAGAGGCCCCGGCACAGGCGCAUGGAGUCCCUGGAGACCCGUAGUUCUUUUGAUCUUCCUCCAGAGACCCUGCAGGUGCCAUAUGUACAUCGCUGUGCCAGCAUACACAGUGCCCGGCCGCCCAACUUCCUCAGCAAUGGCAAAAGUUCCCCGUCGGCAGCGACUGCGCAGCUCUCUCUGGAUGAACAACACAGUGAGGAUGAUAAUGUGGAUGAGGAAGGAAACCUGAGUCGUGGGGCCCGUCUGUACCGUUGGUUGGAGCAUAAACAGCCAGAAUGGUGCCGACAAAGGGCAACGUGGUCACUUUACCUGUUCCCACCGCAGUCACGGUUUCGUGUGACAUGCAAUAAGAUCAUUACUCACAAGUUGUUUGACCAUGUGGUUCUGGUCAUCAUCUUUCUCAACUGUAUCACUAUCGCCAUGGAGAGGCCCAGAAUCGACCCCUCCAGUGCUGAACGCAUCUUCCUGACGUUGUCCAACUACAUCUUCACCGCCAUCUUCGUGACCGAAAUGACAGUAAAGGUGGUUGCCUUGGGCUGGUGCUUUGGCAAGAAGACGUACCUGAAAAGCAGCUGGAACGUUUUGGAUGGUAUGCUGGUGAUGAUCUCGGUCAUUGACAUCCUGGUUUCACUGAUCUCCAACAGCGGCACUAAGAUCCUGGGCAUGCUGCGGGUGCUACGGUUACUGAGAACCCUACGACCACUCAGAGUGAUCAGCAGAGCUCCAGGACUGAAGCUUGUAGUUGAGACACUGAUGUCAUCUCUUAAACCUAUCGGAAACAUUGUGGUCAUCUGCUGUGCCUUCUUCAUUAUUUUUGGCAUUUUGGGAGUUCAGCUCUUCAAAGGAAAGUUCUUCGUGUGUCAGGGGGAGGAUAUACGAAACAUCACCAACAAGUCAGACUGCUUCCAGGCUAACUAUAAGUGGGUCAGGCACAAGUACAACUUUGAUAACCUUGGGCAGGCUUUGAUGUCCCUUUUCGUUCUGGCUUCUAAAGACGGCUGGGUGGAUAUAAUGUAUGAUGGGCUGGAUGCCGUCGGUGUUGAUCAACAGCCUGUCAUGAAUCACAACCCAUGGAUGCUUCUCUAUUUCAUCUCCUUCUUGCUGAUCGUGGCUUUCUUCGUGCUUAACAUGUUCGUCGGCGUGGUGGUCGAGAACUUUCACAAGUGUCGACGGCACCAAGAGGCGGAGGAGGCCAAACUGCGCGAGGAGAAGCGCCUCAAACGCAUGGAGAAAAAAAGAAGGAGUAAGGAGAAGGAGCUAGCUGAUAUAAUGCUGACCGGUGUCAGUUGGUCCAGUCCUGAUCUCAGAGUGAAAGAAGCCCAGAGUAAACCCUAUUACUCCGAUUACUCACCCACACGGCUUCUCAUCCACAAGAUGUGCACCAGCCACUAUCUGGACCUCUUCAUCACGAUUGUCAUCGGCCUGAAUGUCAUCACCAUGUCCAUGGAACACUACCAGCAGUCAAAGGUUCUGGAUGAGGCUCUGAAGAUCUGUAACUACAUUUUCACCAUCAUAUUUGUGCUGGAGUCCGUCUUCAAGCUUGUUGCCUUUGGGUUUCGCCGGUUCUUCAAGGACAGGUGGAACCAAUUGGAUCUUGCCAUUGUGCUGUUGUCUAUAAUGGGAAUAACUCUGGAGGAAAUCGAGGUCAACGCUUCCCUUCCCAUCAACCCCACCAUCAUCCGCAUAAUGAGGGUGCUGCGGAUCGCUCGUGUGUUAAAGUUGCUAAAGAUGGCUGUAGGAAUGCGAGCCCUCCUUGACACCGUGAUCCAGGCCUUGCCUCAGGUGGGGAAUCUGGGUCUUCUCUUCAUGUUGCUCUUCUUCAUCUUCGCAGCGCUGGGAGUAGAGCUGUUUGGUGAUCUGAUAUGUGACGAGUUGCACCCCUGUGAAGGUCUCGGCCGCUACGCCACGUUUAAGAACUUUGGCAUGGCCUUCCUCCUGCUAUUCCGUGUAUCCACAGGGGACAACUGGAAUGGCAUUAUGAAGGACACACUCAGAGACUGCUCCCAGGACACGGGCAUCUGCUACAACACGGUCGUUUCCCCCAUUUACUUCGUAUCGUUCGUCCUGACGGCCCAGUUCGUGCUGGUCAACGUGGUGAUCGCCGUGCUCAUGAAGCACUUGGAGGAGAGCAACAAAGAGGCAAAGGAGGAGGCUGAGCUGGAGGCAGAGAUGGAGCUUGAGCUGGAGACCGUGGGUGGAGAUGGUGGGAUACCCCGGGGACGUAUGCCGCCCUUGGGGCCUGGUGACAUGGGAGGGCCGGGGGGUUCACCUUGGAUAUUAAGGGACUCUCAGGACCUGUCAGGACCUGUUUAUCCUACAGAUAGUCCACCAGCAGACAUAUGCAGAGAUUCAGAAAAUCACAUAAAAGCAGAUCCGGAUCCUCCGCCAAAUUUGGAGCCACCGUUGGAGCGGAGGCCGAUGUUUGACUCAGUUUCCCUGGUGAUCCAGGGCUCACUGGAAGGAGAGCUCAGCAUCAUGGACAACCUCUCUGGGUCCAUCUGCCACUUCUACGCUCUGCCUCCCCUUCCCAGCAAGCACUGCAGUGAGAAACAGAUUCCUCUAGCCGAAGUGGAGGCUCUGUCUCUGUCGUCGGAGAAAUCCUGGUCCUUAGCACUGACGGAUGACUCUGUCCCAGACGAUUUUAACCCCCUCUUACUAACCAGUCAGGAGUGCAAUACCACAGAUCCACCAGAUCCCCCAGACCUCCAGGAGCAAGACGAGCCAAUGCAUGAGCACCUGCUGUACGUAAAGAAGACCUCAGUGGGCCGUACACAUUCUCUGCCUAAUGACAGCUACAUGUUUCUGCCACUGCAGCCCAAUGCAUCCCACAAUACCUACACAACCUCAUCUCACCUCGCAAAAACAGGGUCGACUGGCUCUGUCCAGUCUCACACAGAAGAGCCCACCCAGCAUCUGAUUGUGCCCACAGACCUGUUUCGACCGAUAAGUCCUCAUAGCCUGUCAGACUCGGAGAGCAUCCCGCGAAUCCCCCCACCUCGCCGGGCACACACUCUCUCGCGCACCUUACGCAGACAGGUGGCAGUGAGUGCUGACUCUCAGGAGACUCUGUACACAGAGGAAGGGGACAAUGAGGGUCCCCCCGUGAACUUUCCACCUCAGCUGCAGCCCCAGCCCUCACUCUUUCUGGUACCCGCCACGCCGGGCGCCUCUCCGAAACCAUCUCGAUCUAGCGUCCACACGCAGCACAACCCCUACGACCAGUACAACAUAUUCACCAGACGCGCCAACUCUCCGCCCCCCGCCAAGCAGGAGGACAUGGACUCGGUGGACCACGAGGUGUCCCGCAUCAUCAGGGCGGGGCUUGCCGGGAGGAGUGACGACGGAGGCGUGACGGAUCAAGGUACGAGUAGGCAUCAGCUCAAGAAGUACCACAGCAUGGACACUCAGGGCCAACGAGCGCUGCUGCUGCCGCGGCCCUCAUCCUGGCUUGACGACCCGCGGCGACACUCCGUCGAGGUGUUCUCGUCCGUGGAGAGCAGCCCUCAGCGCAGUUCCAUCUCCUCCGGCUUCGUCUCGCGAGCCGACAGCCUGCAGCAGCAGUCCUCGCCACGCACACGCAAGAAAAAAAUGAGCCCACCGUGCAUCUCCGUGGAUCCGCCGGAGGGACAGGAGCUUCCAGGGGGCUUUCACCCAGCACCACCUCCGCUACCAAAUCGGGACACUUGCCUGAGGAGACGUGCUCCAUCUAGUGAAUCCAAGGACUCUUUCGAUUUGGGUGGAGGAGCGGAGGCUCUAUCUCAAGAUGGUGUUCCCAACUCCAAGCUCUUGACUUUGCCUAGCUUCUCAUUUGAGAAAUAAAGCUCCGAGCACUGAACAUUGACUCGUUCACGAGCCCACGCACACGAUCGCACGCACGCAUACACACGCACACGGCACACGAUGCACUCGGUGUAUCCGUGAUGGUGGUAGUCAUAGUAAUAAUAUCUUAGAGAGUAAUAAUGCAACAACGGUGAAUACUCCAUGAGGAAUAGUAACUAUACCUUGUAUUUUUUCUCUACUGCCAAAAGAAAACAAAAGGACGUGCUGAGGAUCAAACAAGCUAAUAAUCAGACUCUCUCUCCUUAAAGACCUCAUGACCUCCUUACGGAUGUCAGCGCGGAGCCUGAGGGAGCGUGUUCCCUUCUGGCUGUUGGGAAGACUUCACACAGCACUGUAUCGAUGAACUCCCUUAUGGGCACUGAUGAAGGUACAAAGCAAUAUGAACGUUUUAGAGACACUAUUUUCUUAAAUUAUUGGGCCAUAGUGUUUGUAAAGGAUGUCGAAUUUUCUUUUUUCGGUUUGUUAUGGUUUUUUUUGUGUGUUUUUGUGAUGACUCUUUUCUCAUUAAUGUUCAAAUGGUUGUUUUGCGUUAUUUUUUCACCAUAGGAUAUUUUUAGCCUUCUUGGUUUAAAAAAAAGAAAACGUUUUUCAAAGUGCCGGGAUCCAUGUAUUUGUAGGAAUAAUGAUGAUAAUAAUAAUAUUCAUGAUAUAUCUCUUUAAAAUAAAGCAUUGAACAUUUCUUGGAUUUUUAAGCACAAGUAUUAGAUCGAUGUGCCCUGACUGAAGAACGAGUCUCGUGACAGAUUCAUGAAGCGCAAACAUGGGAUGGUAUCUGCAGAUUGGACUGUAAACUACUUUUAUAGACAGGUUCAUGGCCAGAAAAGCACUUGUAUUAAUUCACCUCAUGAGCAGGAAAAGGGGUCACAUGCAAUACACCCGCAAGCUGAAAUUUGGUUACAAUUCUAGUGUUUUUGGCACAUUUUUGGAGUUUUCAUCAGUUCUCUAAGUAGACAAAUAAUUGUCUAUAUUGUCAGUACAGCCCAUACAGAUUUUUUAAAAUGUAACAUAAAGCAAAAAGGGAAACAAAAAUUGAGCCGGCCCUGAAAGCCUUAAGGUACUUCAUCAAAGCAAGUACUUCAGUAUGUAUUCUAUUCAGUCACCCCACGUUUAAGUUACAUUACAUUCAUCCCUUAUGUUUAAUUCUGACUGAAGAUCAGAAACGACUGUUGAUUGAAGCUGAUGUCAAGUGAUCUGUGAAUGACUUACUGAAGCUGUUCCCUUUGGUUUCCACAUUAGCUCAUAUGAACAUCUGCAGGCCUCCUUUCAAACUCAGGGAAGCUUGAGUUUCAUCACGUCCAGCUCUGUAAUAUAGCCUUAUUUCUCUUCAAAGCACUGGCUCAGUGUGUGGUUAAACCUGCUACUAACAUCGGACCAAUUUCGGAAUGAUUUACCCGCUUCAUUUUGGCAAUCUACAUAAGCAUUCUUCAAUCCCUUUAGUACUAUCCAUGUAUCAGAUGUGAUGUGAUCAGUGUGCCUAAGGAGUUAUCUGCACAAUGAAUCUGAAUAUAAUGAUUUUAGAAUGUGCAGAUUGACUUACUGAUGUUCUUUAUGGCUUAUCAUUGCUGCACGAGACAUUCUGUCAUCGUAUAAACUCUUUAUUAGUGUUGUGUAGUUCUAACUUUAGGACAUUUUUGAGUGCCGAUGCGUUUGACCAAAGUGAUGUUAAAACUACAACAACAAUACAAACUGUUCCUUGUUCAUUAUAACAUUUAUUACUUUGAUGUAUUGGCCAAAUGUUUGAAACAAGUUAAAUGUUUCUUUGACACCGCACAAUGAUGAUAAAAUUUACCUGUCUAACUUGUUCAAACCAUACC